UCCGGUCCAGAUAAAUAUUGAUUCUGCGGUCCUGACCGUGCCCGACCGUGCCCGACCGUGCCCGACAGAAUCUGUGGGUCCAAUUUGGCCAGCGUAAGGCACUCGAUAACACGGGUUGGAUUGCGGGCAUUAUGGGAUUGAAAUCACGUGAGCCCACCACCCCACCCCUCCGCACCACGCUCCCUCGGGACAAUAAAGCGGGCCCGACCCGGCCCAAUCAGCCCUUGAAGGCUACACGCGCCUUUCAUCACGGGUCAACCACCCAUGCUGGCCCGCCCGUGCGCGCUUUUCUGGCCAGUCACGCCAAAAGUGGUCCCUUUUUGGGCCCGUCGGUCUCUCGGGCCAAGUAUUGGAAGAAACCACCCCUCAGCCACGCCCAGUGGCCGCCCCCGGAUCCGGACGGGGCCUUGUCCGAAGAAGAAGCCGACCUGGAACUAGCCCUGAGUCGCGCUCAAACGCGAUUUUCGGAGGUGUCAGUGAGCGAUCGGCGGCAUAAGAUCCGCGAGAUUCUCCACACCAUUUGUCAAACGCGGCCUUUGAUCGAAAGUCGGGCCGGCUUUCGAUCGGCCAGUCAAGUCGGAGGGGGAGGACGGCGAGUGGCCUCGACCUCGCGGGAGCGGCCCUGGACUCGAUCCACCCCCGUCAAUUCCCGUACCCAACGGUCUGGCGUGGCCUCAGCCCCCACGGAAGUGGCGGGUGGAUCGCGAGUGGGUCGGUCCCAUUCGCCCGUUGGAUUGGGUCGCUCGCCUAGUACGCCGUCCAUAGCCCCGCGGAGGUCGCACCAGAUGCGCCGACAAAUGUCUUCGUCCCAGCUCUCAACCAUCCCCUCCCUGGCCUCGGAAGAGCACCGCUCGUCCGCCCCACGACAGGUUACAUCUCAAUCCAUACAAGUCGAACCCGAAGAUCUUGCCAGCCUCGCCGCCUCAGUCACUCUCUCACCAUCUCCAUCCUUGAUGCAAUCUGAAGUCCAUCAUCAACCAUGUAUUGGGCAUGUCGAUGAAUCCAACACAAUCGUGAAUGAUCCUUCGGAAUGUGCUCUGCCCGUGGUUCGGGGCGUCGGUAUGGAUUAUAUUCAUGCCAAUAUCGAUGGUGCCGCCGUAAUGGGCCAUCAUAAACGAGCCCAAAGCUCGGCAUCAUCAGCCCAAGCAACUUCCAUAUCGGGUCAUCGGCCGGGUACGGUUCCCAAGUACUUGAGACAUCGUCAAAAAGAAUGGGACGAAGAAGCCACUCGAAUACGCAAGGAGCAGGAAAAUUCUGACAUUCCCAAAGACCACAAAGUCCUCACUGAAUCCGACCGACAUGAAACUCUUAGACGGCUUAAUGAUCGGUAUGAAGAAGUGAUUAUGGACUUGAAUCGAUUGCCAGUUAGUUCGGAUACCAUGAGAAUUCGAGCAAGACGCAAAGUUUUGGAAGAAGAGCUCAAUUCGCUGGAUGAGGCCAUCAAAACCUAUUCCCGACCUCGUGUUUUUGUGCUAGAUCAAUGAAUUUAUAACAAAGCACCACCGUAUUUACCUUGUUUAAUUAGAUGUGAUACUCCUUGACGCCCACUCACCUUGUUUCGUCUUGCUUUCUAG